GUGAGACCUGGCUGCUUCAGUAGCAUUCUGCAGCAAGUCCUGACAACUCCUAACAUUCCCACAGACACUGAUCAGCUUCUGUUGGGGUCUGGGCCCACCUGUCAGUGCCACAUUCUCAUCAGCAUGGAGAACUUGGCAUUGCCCAUCAGUUUCUCAUUUGAAUUUUCUGAUCAACCUCAGAGCUUUUGGUUAAACCCUGAGUCUUAGAGACGGAGGAAAAGUUGUGUGUCUACAGCAGGGAACCAUCUGGAUGAGAGGUGAAGAUGUGCAAGGAGGCAGACUUGGACUUUCUUAUGCUUUGCUUUAUGUCAUGAGACAUUUGGGUCUGCAGGCAGAAGCCUGCCUGAAAGUUGCUUGAUACCCCAAAACAUCUUCAGAAAGUCCUGGAAACUUCUGUACUAGUAGCAAACUACAUUUUUUAUUUCCUUAAAAAACCAAAAGCAGAGUUUCUGAUUCAUGUUACAGAAUCUUCAUUAGACUUUGAGCCAAUGGAAAAAUACUAGAUUCUUUUCAAACCUGAGCCUUGGUGGGCAGCCCCAGGACUAUCUUUUUGUGGUAAGCUGCAAUAGGAAGCAUAUGUGAUCAUAGAUUUGGACAUUUGUGUGUAUACACCUGAUAAUACUUCUCACAGCACAGUGCCAGUUGUACACACUUGUAACUUAGACCUUGCCUUAUAGGCCAUAUGUACAUUCACUUUUUAAAACCUUUUUUCAAAACUGCUUCACUUCCUGUGCUUGUUGUGCCUGUGAAACCCCUAGACGGCAACUGCUUCUUCUUCAUGUCUCUCAGGCUUUGGUGACCUUCAUAUACACCACCUCAGGAAAGUUACCAGUGUGAUACCCAGAACUUAAAGAUCCUGGAAGGGCAGGUGCAAAGUCAUAUGAGCUCAUAAUUAUUCAGUUGUUUAGUUGUAAGUAAUUGUUGGGAUGGCUUCUCAACUCCUGAGUCUACUGAUUAAAAACCAUGAGUGCAUGCUGUUGCUGUCCCUAGGUAGCACACAAUUCACAGAAAUAUAGUGGUGCACUGUGUGGAUGACAUAACAUGGUUUGUGUUCAGAAAAGUAAAACAUUUUUUUCUCAAAUUAUUGAAUUUAGUUUCUUUUGGAGAAAUUUAUGAAAAACAGGCUGUAUCUGACUUUUUUUUUUUUACUUAGAAAAACAUGAAAAUUUUAGCUGUACUUUUACAAGCCAUUGAGUACACUUCUUUACUUAUAUCAUGGCAUUCCCUGAUUCCUCAGGUUAGUUUUAAAGUAAAGGAGCCUUGGUACUGUGGCUCUGAGUGACUCAGAGUACAACUUCAGUGAGUACUGGUAGAUUCCUGAGUGUGAGGUCCUGCACUAACACAAUGCAAGUCAGCUGCUUUCAAAUUCUCAUGGUCAUUAUGCCUAUGUCAGUUAAUGCCAGGCUCUGCUUUUUACUUGAAAUUCGUCCUUUGGGCAGACCAAGUGAAAGAGAGACCCGAGAGCAGUUUCCACUGCAGUCCCUUUCGGGGCACACCAUUUGCUGAUACAUCCAAACACAGAGCUCCUGGCUAAUCUGUAAGUUUUACUAGAAAUAAAGAUGGUUGCUUUGCUGUGCCCAGAACAAGUUGCUGUCCAGUGUUCUCAAUCAGGUUUCCUUCCUGCUGGUCCUGGGAGGCACCCAAAGGUGCUGGACCUCAGAUCCUGGCAACCUCUGAUACAGUGACUUCUGUCCUACUCAUUGGUUUAUGCCUUCCAUCUGACAAGUGGGUAGCCAUUCCAGCUUUGAUCUGGAAGUUCCAACCCCCAUUGAGACUUCGGCAACUGUCACGCCUACAAGGUGGGGCCAAGGGAGGCGCCUGGAGACCUGAGAUCUGGAUGGGCGGCGCACUCACUCAGUUCCGGGACCUUGGACGGUGAAGGUGGGCCAAGCAGAGCUCCAGAGAACACCGCUGGACUGCGAUACACCUUCCCCAGACCCCGCGACCUACCUAUCCCUUAACUUGUAAGUUACGCCAUUAAAUAAAUCUCCUUUUAACAGCGUGGAGUGGCCUUAAUAAUUUCACCAAUAUCUGGCGCUCACGUGGGGCAAAUUCCAAAGGCCUGGGUGGCUCCCAUCCUCAGCCUCCUCCCUGGCUAGUGGGUACCUAAACCCACCUGCAAAGUUCCAUAUAACCAGGGAACGCCUACAUGGUUCCAUUCCCGAAAAAGGGAGCAGCUAGUCCGGUCUCAGUUCCCUAGCUUAGCCCCGAGACCAGUGAAAGAGGCACUCCCCGGCUUCCUGAGUGCCGGCUCCGGCUCACACCAUCUUGACUCCAGCGAGCUGCAGUCAGCCAAGAUCACCAGCAGGCCCUGCUUUGGAGCUGUACCAACGCCACCUGCUGGCUGAAAAGUGCUAUUACACCCUCAAAAACCACGAAAGGUAAGCAUAUUGUUUCAAGUAAAAGUACUUGAUAAUUUUACACCUUAAAAUUGACUAACAAAUUUUGAGUAAUUCUUGUAAUAUGGCUGACAACAUUACCUCACAAGAAUUUGAAAACCUUUUUGCCUGUAUGAUGAAUGACAUCUUCCUGGAAAUAUACGACCUUCCUAAAUCAUAUCUGGCCUGUACCAUUUUGGCAUUCAUCGUAAUAAUUCACACAGUGUUCAAACACUGGUUUAAUAACAAGAACAAAGAUGAGUCAUUAUUGGGACUGAUACAGGAUUUAAAAAAUAGCAAUGAAGGCUUACAGAAAAAGAUUCUUUCUCUGGAAUCUGCUAACCAGGAUUUACAGGCUUUAAAAGAUAGCAAUGAAGACUUACAGAAAAAGAUUCUCUCUCUGGAAUCUGCUAGCCAGGAUUUACAGGCUUUCAAAGAUAGCAAUGAAGGCUUACAGAAAAAGAUUCUCUCUGGAAUCUGCUUUAAAAGAGAGCAAUGAAAACUUACAGAAAAAGAUUCUUUCUCUGGAAUCUGCUUUAAGAGAUAGCAAUGAAAGCAUACAGAAAAAGAUUCUCUCUCUGGAAUCUGCUUUAAGAGAUAGCAAUGAAAGCGUACAGAAAAAGAUUCUCUCUCUGGAAUCUGCUUUAAGAGAUAGCAAUGAAAGCGUACAGAAAAAGAUUCUUUCACUGGAAUCUGCUGAUCAGGAUUUACAAAACAGGCUUGUACCAAAAAUUGAUCUUAUUGAUAAUAAAUGUGAAUAUUUAAUGGACAGAACACUAAUUCUCCAGACACUAUAUAAGGAAGAAAGAUUAUCAUUAAUUGAUAAGAUAAGGUCCAUGGAAUCAUGUGUUUCUGAGGAACAUAAAAACUUAUAUGAUUCCAUGAGAAAUCUGGAGUCCCUUGCCAGAGAGGAGAUUCACUCCCUAGAACAGGCCCUAGGUGCUCGUUUGCAAGCCUUAGAAGAAACUCUCAGUAAACAUGACAAGGGACCUAAUAAGCAGAAGGGCAAGACCAUAGAGGUUGUAACAUCUCCAAAUGGCUCUCACACAAUGGCUUAUCCUGUUAUCAUCCAUGAGAAGCCAGCAGAUGACACACACCCCAAGCCAUAUAAUACAUAUAUAUUACAACCAAUUUCAACAAGGGACUUUAAAAAUAUAAAGGAAGCAGUAGUUACCUAUGGGAUACACUCCACAUACAUAAGACAGAUGUUAAACUCGUGGUCUACCUCACAUAGAAUCAUCCCAGAUGACUGGCAUCAGUUAAUUUCAGCUGUUCUAGAAUAUAGCCAGCAGCUACAGUGGAAAAGCUGGUUGAGAGAAGAGGCAAAAAAUUUAGAACAACAAGGUAAAAUCAGAGGUUUUGUGAUCUCCCAAGAUCAAAUACUUGGUGAGGGAUGUUUCGCUGACAGGAAUGUACAAGCCACUUAUGAUGAGCAUACAAUAUCCCUAUGCCGUACAGCAGCUCUAAAUGCUUGGGAAAAAAUUCCAGAACCUGGAAAACCAACUGAGGUAUACACAAAGAUAUUUCAGGGACCUCACGAACCCUUCACCGAUUUUUUACAAAGGCUGAACACAGCUAUAACAAAAGCUGUAUCAGAUAAAGAAUUAAGAAAAGUAUUAACUGAGUCCUUGGCAUUCAACAAUGCUAAUGCAGAAUGCAGAAUACUCACACCAUUAAAGAUCAGAUCAGCUCCUUUGGAAGAAUGGAUUCAGUAUAUUAAUGGUGUUGAGUCUCGUAACUACAGUAAUGAGGCUUGGAUAGGAGAGACAAAUCCCAGAGGUGAAAGAAGGCCCCGUGUUACCAAAUGUUUUAAAUGUGGUACACCAGGUCAUAUAAGUAAAAACUGUAUGUGGGGUACUCCUAGAAGUAAUACUCCUUUUAGGAAUACUCUAAACAGGAGACCCCAACCACCUCCCGGAUUAUGUAGAAGGUGUGGCAAAGGCCGAUAUUGGACCAGUGAGUGCAGAUCAAAAAUAGAUAUAUGAGGCAACCUUUACUGGCGGGAAACACCUCAGGGGGCCUCUUGCAGGCCCCCAAAUCAAAUGUAGUACGAACAUUCCCAGUCACUGUGGAAGAAAUUCCUCUCCAGGACAACUGAAUAAACCAAUGCCUAAUGUAAAAACCAAUACUGCAAUGGAUGAUAAAACAGCUCUGAUAGGUGGAUCACAGUUUACAAAGAACACUAUAAAACAAAUAUUUUGGCAGACUUCCGUAAAUGAACAAAGACCAAAGCUUAGGAUUCGAAUUAAUGGCCUGGUUCUGGAGGGCCUGGUAGACACAGGUGCAGAUGUGACUAUAAUUACACCAAAAUCAUGGCAUCCGAAUUGGCCUCUUCAAGAGGUAGAUGUCCAACUUUUAGGGAUUGGCACCCUAUCAAAGAUAAAACAGAGUUCGAGAUGGGUUGAAUGCAUAGGGCCAGAAGGACAGAGAGGAAGGCUGAAGCCAUAUGUAGCAAAUGUAGCAGUAAAUCUUUGGGGCCAAGAUCUGUUACAACAGUGGAAUACCCGGAUUAAAAUUCCUACACUUUCAGAAAAGGAAUACAGACCAAUGCAUGUUUCUAGGAACAAUAUCAUGACAUGCUAUAAAAAUCAGUCACCAACCAUUCAGGCUGUUCACAAACAGAGCACGACUGCUGUUGAACUCUCAGAAGUACCAACUGCCUUACCUUUAAAAUGGCUAACUAAUAAACCUGUCUGGGUUGGACAAUGGCCUUUGACAAAAGAGAAGCUACAAGCUUUAGAACAGCUGGUUCAAGAGCAGUUAAAUGCCCAACACAUUGAAGAAUCUACCAGCCCUUGGAAUUCUCCUGUAUUUGUUAUUAAAAAAAAGUCUGGUAAUUGGAGAAUGCUGACAGAUCUGAGAGCUAUUAAUAAAGUAAUUCAGCCAAUGGGCUCCCUGCAGACUGGGAUGCCCUUGCCCUCUCUUCUACCUAAAGAAUGGCCUAUAAUAGUUAUUGACUUAAAAGACUGUUUCUUUACCAUACCCUUACAAGAAAAUGAUAGAAAAAAAAUUGCCUUCACAGUACCUAAUUAUAACAAUUCUCAGCCAGUCAAGAGAUAUCAAUGGAAGGUCCUCCCACAGGGAAUGUUAAACAGCCCUACUUUGUGCCAAUACUUUGUGCAGAAACCAUUGGAGAUAAUUCGUGUAAAGUUUCCACAAUCUAUAAUUUAUCACUAUAUGGAUGAUAUCCUAUUAGCUGAUCCAAAAUUAGAUACAUUAGAAAGCAUGUUUGAAGAAGUAAAAAAAGUUUUGCCUCGCUGGGGACUGCAAAUUGCUCCUGAAAAAAAUACAAAGAGGAGGUUCUAUUAAUUACUUAGGAUAUAAGAUAGAGCUACAAAAAAUUAGACCCCAAAAGGUACAACUAAGGAGAGAUCGAUUGAAGACUCUUAAUGAUUUUCAAAAGUUAUUAGGAAGCAUUUCCAGCUUACUGGGUAUCAUGGGAAUACCCAAAGAUGGACUACAAAAUUUGGCUAAUACUCUAGAAGGGGAAAAAGAAUUAAAUAGUCCAAGAGAAUUAUCAGCCGAAGCUGAGAAGGAAUUGGCUCUAGUAGAAAAGACAAUUCGAGAAGCACAUGUGGAUCGUGUGGAACCAGAACUUAAAUGCAUUCUUGUCAUAUUCCCCUCCAGACAUUCCCCAACAGGUAUUUUGAUGCAGAGGGAAGAUAUUAUAUUGGAAUGGAUAUUCCUACCACGUAAACCAAAUAAGAAAUUAAAGACUUAUAUAGAAAAGAUCUCUGAUUUGAUUCAAAAAGGUAAACUAAGACUUCGCCAGUUGACAGGAAUGGACCCAGGAGAAACUGUAGUACCUUUAACUAAUGAAGAAAUUUCAUCACUAUGGAAAGAUAAUGAAUACUGGCAGAGAGCCUGCAGUAACUUUUUGGGAGAGAUUAACAACUAUUAUCCCAAAAGCAAGAGAAUAGAAUUCAUAAAGAAGACCGAAUGGGUCCUUCCUCACAUUGUACGACAAAAGCCAAUUUCUGGAGUCCUCACAUUCUAUACUGAUGCAAAUAAAUCAGGGAAAGCAGGAUAUAAAUCAGGAGACUUAAGUAAAGUGGUACAAAGUCCAUACAGCUCUGUACAAAAGGCAGAACUGUAUGCCAUUCUUAUGGUACUGAUGGACUUCACAGAACCCCUCAAUAUAGUCACUGACUCUCAAUAUGCAGAGAGAGUUGUUCUACAUAUUGAAACUGCUGAAUUUAUUCCUGAUAAUACAGAAUUAACUUCAUUAUUCAUACAAUUGCAGAAAAUCAUCAGAAAAAGGGAACAUCCUAUAUAUAUAUAACACAUAUCAGAUCCCAUACAGGUCUGCCAGGACCUCUAGCACAAGGUAAUGAUGAGAUUGAUCAGUUACUAAUAGGUAAUGUGCUAGAAGCUUCAGAAUUUCAUAAGAAAUACCAUGUAAAUAGCAAAGGUUUGAAGAAGAAUCCAUCACUUGGCAACAGGCUAAGGAUAUUGUGAAAAAAUGUCCUACUUGUUCCAUCUAUAACCAACUUCCAUUACCUGCAGGGAGCAAUCCAAAAGGUAUACAAAGAAAUGAAAUUUGGCAGAUGGAUGUGUUUCAUUUUGCAGAAUUUGGAAGAUUAAAGUAUGUACAUCAUACCAUUGACACCUAUUCAGGAUUUCAAUGGGCAACUCCUAUGAGUUCUGAAAAGGCUGAUUCUGUGAUUACACACCUAUUAGAAGUUAUGGCCAUCAUGGGAAUACCUGUACAAAUUAAGACAGACAAUGCCCCAGCAUAUGUCUCCAAUAAAAUGAGACAAUUCUUUGCUUUUUACAAUAUAAAGCAUGUUACAGGUAUACCACACAAUCCCACAGGCCAAGCAGUCAUAGAAAGAUACAAUCGAACUUUAAAGGAUAUGCUAAAUAAACAGCAACAGGUAACAAUGACUCCUAGAAAUAGACUGCAUAGUGCUUUAUUAACCUUGAAUUUUCUCAAUGCUGAUGAGAAAGGAACAACAGCUGUGGAGAGACAUUGGAUGACAGACAAAACUCCUGAGCUAAACCAACCGGUUUAUUUCAAGGAUGUGCUGACCUCAGAAUGGAAACCUGGAUAUGUUCUACGUUGGGGAAGGGGUUUUGCCUUUGUUUCUGCAGGAGAAGAAAAGCUAUGGAUACCAACAAAAUUAAUAAAAAUUUGAUUCGAACAGGAAAAACCCCUUGAUGAGGAGAAGUAAAAGAUCAUCCACCAAUGUGACAUCUCUACAAGUUGUAAGAAAAAUUUAACAAUCAAAGGUUGGGGUAAGGUUCUGUUUUUGUCUUUCCAGGAUAAUGGAAAUACCCAUCUUCCAAAAAUCAUAAGGCCUUGGAUAUCCGGAUGUUUACAGCAGAAAGAAAGAAUCUAUUGGUACCAAUCUACACACGGUAAAAUCUCACUGUCUAACAUCUAUCUCUCUAUCAAUCUAGAAAAGUUGUGGUUCCAAUUCAAUUAUAAGCCAAGCUGGCUUUGGAGAUGGAAUUGGCUCACUCCUUCUCUAAACCCAAGCACAUUGCUAAAAGAAAAGUUUGAGAGAUUCUUCAGUCCCAUAUCAGAAGAGCCCUCUGGUGUGGGACAGAAGGAAACCAAUAAAAAGGGACCAUUGUCUUCUAGAUUCUAAUUCUCUCCAUGCUUACUCUUGAUUUUUCAGAAUCCUUUCUUAUAUGCUAUGUCCUCUUUAAAUCCAAAUCUUCCAUUUUGAUAACAAAUAAGUUUUUCUAAUAGCAAUCUCAGAAGUCUCCAGAAGGAAGAUGGGGCCCCAACAACAACUCUACCCAAUCCAGAAUGAUGCCAUGGUAAUCAUCAUCAUACUACACUUCUUACCAGAAUUUCAGACAAUCUUACCCAUUACUCUAAGACUUGCUGCAGAACCUACAGUUAGUCUAACUGAGAUUUAACUAUCUGAGCUUUCUCACAGUACCCAACAGAGAUAACAUCACCCCCUAAACAGCAGGAAGCAAUUCUAAGAAAACGACGCCCCUUCUCCCUUAGGUUUCAUGAUUCUCAGGGUUAUGGAUGAUGGUUAUAGGGUUGGGGGGUGGAAGAAAAUAUUAAACUCAGUAUUCUAAAAAAAAAAAAGAAAGAAAAAAGGGAAAAGAAGAAAUGGAAUGGAUAGGUAUAAGAUAUUAUGGUAGAUUAUUGUGUAUACUAGUAAACAAAUUUAGUAAAAUAGCAGCCUUAAAUAAUUUGCACUGUAAUUUGCACUGUUAUGGAUUCUUAUAUGUUGACACAAAUGUAAACUAUUUUUAUAUUCCUGUUUAAGAUAAUUUGUAUAUUGAUACAAAUACAGAACUAUAUUUGUUAUAAUGUACAUAUAUUUCUACUCUUAUUCAAAAUAUUUGUAUAUUGAUACAAAUGUAAAUUUAUAUCUGUCAUACUUUAUGUAUGUUCUACUUCUGUUUAGGAUAUUCGGUAUAUUGAUAUAUAUUUAAGAUUAUUGUCAUAUUGCAUAUCACACAACAUACUCCUACCUCUGUUAUAAAUAUUGAUAUAUAUUUAAGAUUAUUGUCAUAUUGCAUAUCGCACUAUAUACUCCUACCUCUGUUAUAACAUCUUGUGUAUUGUCACAAUUUUGAAGUCAUCGUUCUUUACCAUACACUCGCUUAUAGACUGUUUACCUUGUUUACGUGAAGCCUUAGUCCUUAGGUUAUUUCGGUAGAUAAGACUUAUAGAUUUAUAGUCACCUAUGCUUGUCAUCUCUAUAGUUACGUUAGUUAGGUUAUCCAGAUUUACAGAUACAUAGAUCAGAUGGACAGGUAAUCUUCAAACACUUCAUAGACCUAGAGAAAAUGGCAUUUAAAUAACUUAGAAUUCUGUUGACGUGAGACACAAUUGCUCCUGGCUGCACCAAUUUGAUCCUGAGAGAAUGUUGGGCUUCUAAGACAUUUCCAUUUGGAAGUUUGUCUUCUUGGCACAAAAUGGCCUACUGGGCAAAGAACUGCCCUUGCCUCGACAGCUGACAGUACAAAUUCAAUGCUGUCCUUUCUGGACAAGUGGGACACAAGGAAAGCGACCACUGUACUCUGCCAAGACAGGGUAAGAUGGUCUUUCAGAAUUCCUGCUUCGGAAAAUGGUCUGUCAGAUACUUUAGGCCUGUAGCCAAUUUGAAUGCACCAACAAUGCUGAGAAACAUUAUGUGACUGUCCAGGAUGCCAGCUGUCUCGGUCUACUCUUGCAAGAUUCCCAAAAGUUGCUUGCAUCCAUCUACCAUUUCUCAGUUACCGUUAUAUUCCUUCUCAGGUCUUUGAUGGGAUUGAAGACUAGCAGUUAUAGUUACAACUUAGUAGAUAGAACAUAUUAAGUAUUAGAUUCAGGUUCUUUAGGAUAGGACACCUUUUGGAAUGAUCUUUGUAACAUGCCAUUUACCUAUGCUCUAUACUUCUCUGGAUUUUAGUAUGUGUUUCUUGCUUGAUAUUGUUUGCAUUGGUUGUAGUUCCAUCUUAUCUAGGUCAUUAUCCCUCAUUAUUCCUGGACAAUAUUUGAUAACCAUUCCUUUGUAUAUAGUCUUGUAUUAGGUUAGAACCUUCUUAUUUAGACAAAAAGGGGGAGAUGUAGUGGGUAGCCAUUCCAGCUUUGAUCUGGAAGUUCCAACCCCCAUUGAGACUUCGGCAACUGUCAUGCCUACAAGGCGGGGCCAAGGGAGGCUCCUGUAGACCCAAGAUCUGGAUGAGACAGCGCUCUCGCUCGGUUCUGGGACCCUGGAUGGUGGAGGUGGUCCAAGCAGAGCUCCAGAGAACACCGCUGGACUGCGAUACACCUUCCCCAGACCCUGCAACCUACCUAUCCCUUAAUUUGUAAGUUACGCCAUUAAAUAAAUCUCCUUUUAACUACGUGGAGUGGCCUUAAUAAUUUCACCAAUAACUUUGACUUUAUCAGAAGAAGCCCUUCUGUGGUUUGAAGCUUCCUUGUUAAGCUUAGGAUGUGACUUUUGUGAAGGGGCAAUUUCCCACAUUUACAUCUGAUUAUUGUGCCUCUACAAUAAAUAGUUACCACAUAUAUACCUUGACUAUGGAUACCCAGUAAUCUAGUUUGGGUAAUUUUAUGUGAUUUUUGUGCAUUUUAUCAAUAUACAGUAUCAAACAUAUUUGCAUUUGCACCACACACCUGCUAUAUUCUGUCUCCUUGCACUACUGCUAGGCAGAGACUGGCCAGAGUGCUCUAGUGCUGAGCAAUCCAGGGUUACAUGGUCAUGGUUUGAUAUGUAAUCGUUUUUUGUUUUGUUUUUUUAAAAGACAGGGUCUCAGCCAGGUGGAGGUGGUGCACACCUUUAAUCUCAGCACUCAGGAGGCAGAGGCAGGUGGAUCUCUGAGUUCUAUGUCAGCCUGGUCUGCAGAGUGAGUUCCAGGACAGCCAGGGCUACACAGAGAAAUCUGUCUCAAAAGCAACAAAACAAAACAAACUAAACAGACCGGGUCUCUUGCAUCCCAGGCUGGCCUCUGCAGCCCAGGAUACAGCUUGCCAUCCUUGCUGAGGAUGUAGCUGAGGAUGAUCUUGAAAAAUUGAAUCUUCUUGCCUACUUCAAGUGCUGGGAUUACAGGCAUGCAUUGCUGUACCUAGUUUAUGUGGUGUUGGAGAUUGAUCUCAGGAAUGUCUGCAUGCUGAGCUCUCCAUCCCCAGCCCUAAUAAGUGGCCUUUAUUGUAAUAAACUCCAUCCUAGAGUUCUGGUACUGGUGGUCAGGAUUAGGAAUACAUUUAGGAUUAGUUACACUUGAGUAUCUUUUUAGUGAAGUUGAAAUACUCAUGUGAGUUUCUGUUAUUUUAUACUUUAAAUUUCUUCCCAUGUUUGCUAGUUUUGUGGAAACUAAUUUCAGUUACAUUUUGGUCUUUAAUGGCAGCAGGCUGUAUAUAUGAGACUCUUAAACUUUAACCUGAUUUCCAUGUAUGUGGAUGCCUUCCUCCUCAGUGUUUUGAGCCUGGUGAUACUUUAUCUUCCAAUGUCCACUUUUAAAUUACUUUUCAUAUCAAAUGCCGGUUUCAUUAGCUAGGUCUGUUAUUUCUCUCCUAUCUGUCUGUCUGUCUCUCUGUCAGACCAGCUCUGGUCUCAAACUCCGUAUCCUCCAAUUUCUUUCUCCUGGAGCUGGGAUCACAGGACUGGAAGACUGCCUGCUGGGGAUCUGAAUGUGAGUCCUGAGGCCUGGCAUCAAACACCUUACCAACUGAACAAUCUCCCAGCCCCACUUUUCCUUUUUUGCUUGUUUAUUUAUUCUGAGACAAGGUGCUGCUAUUAUGUAGGCUUGGGCUGGCCUUUGAAUGUGAGCUUCUUUUAUUUUAGCCUCCCACUAUAGGCCACUAAGCCUGCUCUCAUUUGUUUUUUAAUAUGAAUUUACUUUGAACAUUUUGUUUCAUUUUAAGUGUUCUGCAUCAAUGAAAUCCAAGAGUUUGUUAUAUAACAGGCAAAUUUAUCCAUUAUAUUUGAUGUCUUGCUAUGCUUUAAUUCCUCAUCACCUUUUCUAGUCAUUAUCCUCUCUUGUUGCUGCCUUCCCCUUUUCCUAACUUCUGUAGGAAUGUUUGUGUGUGGGGGGGCAUCCAUGUGAUGGUCAGAAGACAACCUUGGGUUGCUUUCCAGCUUGUUUGAGUCAGGGUUUCUCCAUGGCCCCCCGCACUGUGCUGGCCCUAGAACUUGUGCAGAGUCUCCAGUCUUUACUUCUGUCUCCUCAUCGGAGCUCUGGAGUUAUAAGUGUCCCUGCUAUGUUCUCUGGUUUUUACACUGGUUCUGGGGGUUUGAACGCAAGUCUUCACACUUGUACAGUAAGCUCUUUACCCACAGAAUCAUCUCCUUAGCCUGACAGGACUAUUUUUAAGUUAUUUUAUUAAAAGCAGAAAAGUCAAUGAAGAAGAAAUUUCUUCUUAAUUUUAGUGAAAUAAAAAUCAAUUCAUGUGUGACUCUGUAAUCUUGCACUACUUGCUGACCUAGCAGAAUUUCUAGCUGCUUGAAUCUUGGAGGACAGGAUGCCUGUAGAUUAGAAGUCCGUCUUCAGAUGAGCUGGCAAAAUUGGGAGGAUCUGUCAGAGUGACUAUGAGACAACCCUGAACUUUAUUAUUGUCCCAUCUUGUACUAAACGACCUUACCCUCCUACUGACCAGUCUAUCACAGUUGACAACUGCCAUGAGAAGACUGGAAAGAACUAUAAAAGAGUGCGCCUGGAUUCCCAGAAAGCCUCUGCCUCCCAAAGAACCAUCCUUUCCAUUUGUUCAUUUCCUCUAUUUGGCGUCUGUAACCUCCCAAUUCCAGCAGGCUGAGCAGAUUUACACACAUCACUCCCAUUUCUCCUGCCUUGACUGUGCAUAAGUUUCCUUGGUGUUCUGUGUUAUUGGAGACACAAUUUAGUAAGUUUCCUUGGUGUUCUGUGUUACUGGAGACACAAUUUAAACAGAACAAAAGGACCCAGUUUGGGGUAAGAAUUGAUAAUGGCAGUAGUUCAAAAAAAAUCAUAGAACACAAAUUCUUAUACAAAAAGUAACCCUAUGGUGAUGCAUACUUCUAAUCCAUAGCACUCUAGAGACUGAGGCAGGAGGAUCAGGAGUUGGAGGCUAACCUGGGCAUAGAGUUAGAAGAAACUGUCUCAUAAAAACAAAACUAACCAAACAAAAUUUCUCUUUUUGCUUUCAUCUCCACUAGCCCUGUAUCUUUCUCUACAAAGUACAAAGAUUUCUAUUGUCUUAAACAAUUGCAUACCCAGAUUCACCCAUUUCUCAUUUGUAUUCUGUGUUUGUAAUAUUGCAUACUUUGUUUUUAGCUGAAUUAUAUAUCAUGAAAAUAUUUUCCAGCUUAUCUACCUUGGGCUUUGUAACUGCUGUGCAGUUUACCCUGGUUAUAUUUUCUUCCUUUUUAAAAUAACUAUUGCUGUGGGCACAGCCCAGUAUCUGUGCAUAUACUGUAGGAUAAAAUUUUAGUGGCAGUCAGCCAGUGCCAGGUUCACUAGUGGCUGUAGUCCAUUUCCCCCUUCAUUAGCACUGGAGAAUGUUGUCAGGCUUUCUAAUUCUUGCCAAUAUCAUAGGUCAAAUCGGUUCUUGUUUUAGCUUUAAAUAUAUGGUGCAUACCUGUGAUAAUGCAUUAAGAAAAUGUGCUUCUAGAAUGCCCUUUAAAUGUCCCUUAAAUCACAAAUACAUUUCAUGAUUUGUCAUUAGUCUCUGCAGUUUUUUUCUAUCUAUAAAGACAUUUUGACAA